AUUUUUAUUCCGAAUGUGAUUCAUAAACGUAAAAAUCACAAACUUGAAGUAUAGUAUUGUAUCCUUGAAUUCAGCAGAUAUAAUGAGCCGUAGUCGAAACAAGAAGCCUCUAACUAUAACACUUACUCAGGCGAAACCUCGUAGACGAAAGGUGGCCGGUCGAGUGCAGUAUAAGCGGGCAAGUCGCCCGUACAGAAAAAUAAUUAAAUACCCUGGUUGUUAUGCAGCACUAGGCCGUAAGGGUGCAAGAACUCUAAACCGUCGUAAAACCAAUAAGACGGCAUGUGUAGGUAAAGAAGCCGCACAUCCUCGAAAGAUAGAUAUUGCUAUUUGCCAUCAAGGGCAGGAAGGCUUCAGCCAUGUAAAAAAGAAAUACAACGAAAAGGAAGAAAAUGAGAAGAAGGAAAAAAAAGAGAAGAAGGAAAAGAAGGAGAAGAAUAAGAAGCAGGAAAAGGGAAUGAUGAAGAAUAUGAAUGAGAAGGAAAAGAAGGGAAUAUGUGAGAUUUGUAAGAAGAGAAAGAAGUAAAACAAAAAGUUGAAGAACAAUGUCUCUUAUAUAU